UUUUUUUAAAAAUUUUGUUUGCAAACAUACAAUAAAGAUCAAAAUAAUAAUAUAAAUAAUAUGGAAUUAAAUUCUAUCUUCUUUCCUGCUCCCAAAACCACUCAAAGUAUUUAGGAUUUUAAGGAUUAAAUCAUUUGGAUUCCCAGAAGGAUAUUUUAUGAGACUGAUAAUAACUCUCCAAAGCACGUUUUGAAUAAAAAAUAGUUUGUUAAGCGAUUGGGAUAAUAAGAAAAGUCUACCUUCAAAAUUGCAUAGCCUUAGAUGUAGGAAGAUGAAGAAUAUAACCCUAAUUGUUAUCUUACUACUUAAGAAGAAGAUGAGCUUAUAGAGCUUGAUGAGCAAAUACCUUAAAGAGUUAGUGAUAUUAUUUCCUCACCAUGUCACCUUAAUAAUUAUAUCACUAAAAACUUUAUAGAUAUCAACAGUUUCUAAACAAAAUCUCCUUCGUCUUAUGAUUAUUCAUCUCACUAUUCAUCUCCUAGAUUAAGCAGCGAUUAAUAAAGUACAAAAAGUAAAUGGUUUAGCAAAAAGUAGUAAAAUUAGAAUGAAAAAUAUACCUACAGAAGUUUCGCUGAAUAUGAAUAUGAUAUUUAAAGUGAACAAUGCUUUAAAAACAGGCAUGUAAAUGAAUAACCAGAUGAAAGGGAGUUUUAUUCACAACCAAUCUCUCAAUUUAUCAAACCUAAAGUACAAAAAAACAAUCUCUAACAUAUAUUAGAUAUGAAUAAAUGUUAAAGCCCUGGCUGCUCACCUAGCAAUAGAUAAGAGCAAAGACACAAUACUCAUAUAUUAGCUAGUCUGCUAAAAAGCUCUCUUGAGGGAACAUAGUAUAUUAUGAUUUAUUUUCAUUCAAAUGGUGAAGAUAUAGUUACUUGCUAUGAACUAGUCAACCAUUUGCGCAAAAGCUUAAAUAUUCAUAUAGUGACUGUCGAAUAUCCAGGUUAUACUUAUUAUAAAGGAUAAGCCAGUGCUGAAUAGAUUGAAAAAGAUGCACUCGAUACAUAUUACUACUUCAACUAAAUUAUGAAAAUACCAGAAAAUAAAAUUAUAGUCCUCGGUAGAAGCAUAGGUACAGGUCCAGCCACGUUCCUUGCAAGUUAACAUAAAUUAGCAUGUCUGGCACUGCUUUCUCCUUUUACGUCACUUAGAGAUCUUGUUAAAGAUAAAGUUGGAAGUUUAAUAUAGUACUUGGUAUAAGAAAGAUUUAACAAUCUUGAAAAUAUUAAAAAGGUAAAGUGCCCUACUUUUAUUUGCCAUGGCUAAAAAGACUCUCUCAUAUAGAUCUCACACUCUUAAACUCUACACAAUAAUUGCCCUUAAAUAUGUGAGCUGAUACUACCAAAAGAUAUGAAGCAUAACUAGCUUGAUUAUUAUUAAGAUUUAACAUUCCCGCUUGGGAAUUUUCUGGCCAAAAACAAAAUUAAAAUAUUUGAAACAGAUAAUUUAAAACCAUUAGUUUUUCCAGAAUAUUUAUUUUAAAAUCCUUAUUAAAGCCGAUAGUAAUAUUUUUGA